UAUAGCAAACGCACCCGCGGCGAACCGGACCGAGGUCGACGGUUUUCUUUUUCUUCAAAGUAUUGUAACGGAUUUUUUUUUUCGUUUGGUUCGUUCACCGGCCCCACGUGCGUUUCGGGUUUGUGUAUUUAUUGUUUUUCCGUCGACGUUGACGGGUUUGGUGUUUUUUUGACGCGGGCGGCGGAACGUGCGAGGGGACGGGGACAGCGGAAAAAGAGCGGGAAAAACGGUCGUAAAAAAAAAAAAAAAAAUAAACACCUCCACUCACUCCACCACCGCGGCCGGAAGGUACGCCGCCCGUCACUCGCAAACGCGGCCGCCGUCGAAACUUUUAUUUAUUCUUUAUUUAACGGCGCCGCCGUGGUUGUGUUUUUUUUUUCAGUAUAAAAAAACGACCUUGAAACGUUUGUUUUUUUUUUUUCGUUACCGCGACAGAUCGACCGCAGCAGAUCCGUCCGACGGAUUCGCCUUUUUCGCGAUAAGAAGAAUCAGACCGGAACGUAUUUACCGGACGAACUUGCCAGGGCGUCAGCGCCAGGCCGCCGGAUGGUGGUCAAGGGCGCCCAGAUGAAUGGGCCGCCUACCGGCGGUGCUGACGACGGGCUGUCCGAGGCGUACGCCAAGAUGACGGCCGACAUCCUGGCCGAGAGGUCGCUGGGCGACUUCCUGUCCGAGCACCCGGGCGAAUUGGUGCGCACCGGCAGCCCGUUCCUGGUGUGCACCAUACUGCCCACGCACUGGCGGUCCAACAAAACACUACCGAUGGCCUUUAAAGUGGUGGCCCUGGGCGAAGUGGCCGACGGCACGGCCGUCACCAUACGCGCCGGCAACGACGAAAACUACUGUGCCGAGCUACGCAACUGCACGGCUUUGAUGAAGAACCAAGUAGCCAAGUUCAACGACUUGAGGUUCGUCGGCAGGAGCGGAAGAGGAAAGAGUUUUACACUAACCAUUACGGUAAGCUGCUCACCGCCACAAGUCACGACGUACAACAAAGCCAUCAAAGUCACUGUCGACGGGCCUAGGGAGCCACGGUCUAAAACGAGGCAACAACAACAGUUCCACGCCUUCGCGUUCGGUCAAAGGCCGUUCUUGGCCACUCAUUUCGGCAACCCGUUGGAUCCGCUGAACAGAGCAGCCGACCCACUUGCAUUUCGCAUGCCUUCCAUGGCCAACUGUCAGAAUAUGGGUCAGUUCGCAUCACAUCAUUCCUGGGGAUACUCUCAUUCGACGGCUUAUUCGACUUGGCCCGGCGGAGGCGGAUGCACAAACUUUACACCACCGGCGUUAGCAGCAGGUGGAUUUUCUGGCACUGCAGGUACUCCCGUAGGAGCCACGACAGCCACCGGAGCACCCACAGACCUACACUCUACCCUCGCCGGUCAUCACGAUUUGUUUCCUAGUUGCACGGCCAACGUGCAAACUGCGGUCUCCGCGAUGCCUUCGUUUUCGGAUACCAACGGAUCGGUGACGGUCGGCGGUGAUUUGGAGCAACAACUACUGUCAUCAGGGUGUCAUCAGCAACAGCAGCAGCAACAGCAAAACCGAAAUGGGUUUUCGACUACCAGGGGUGGUUACCAACAGUCGACCGGCAACGUACAGGUCAUGUCCACGCCGCCGGACCUACACCCGUCCACGUCUUCCGGUCCCCGGUCCACGUCGGAUUCGUCGUCACCGGACUCGCCUACCGAGCCAAUAGGCUCUACGGACGACAUGAUGACGGCCGGUUCGAACCACGGCUACGACCAGGUAACCGGUAAUUACCACGUUACCGGCGGCGGCUGUCAACCGACCGUGAUCCCGGCGUCGUUGCAGCUCUACUCGCAGCUCUACCAUGCUUCUGCGGCCGGCAACAUGAACCGGCAUCACCACCACCAUCAUCACUAUCAUGGCCAUCAACCGGACGGCAUCGGCGUCGACCAUGACCACUUGACAGGACCUGCACAGCGACCGGUAGUCCAACAACAAGCCGUGGCCGCUGCCGACCAUUCUGCCGUUUGGAGACCGUACUGAGCGUGUGUAUUUGCCGCAGUUGACCAUUUUGGCUGUACAAGUGCAUUCCUAUAUUUCUAUACAAAUAUAUGUGUCUUAAAACUAUGUAUUCCAUGUCAUUAUGCAUCUGUGGUGUUUGGGUAGAAGGGGAUAUGCCCGGGUCUUUCUACUUUGUUCUAGCCAAGCGAGUACGGUGCAACGUUUGACCUGGCCGUGGCCACUAAUAUUGAUGUGUCUUUAAAAACCACAAUUGAAACACUCAACCUUGAAAUCGUGAUUUGGACUUGCGCUCUUCCGCCAAAACACCACCGAUUUGUUAUUACUAGAGACGACUUUGCAUGCUGAAUGUAUCCUAUAGUUUCCGGUUGUAUUCCAAGACUACCUAUGUGUUAUUAUUAUGA